GAGUUCAGCCAGGAAACCCGUGAGUGUCGGCAUUUACCUGUCAAGAUAGGGAAUCACAUCACAAGCCUUGCUUUGGGAAUAUUUCCAGUUUCGACUAAGCAAACUGCAAAAAAAAAGCGUAUCUUCCCGGUCCAGCCAUGGGUGUGAGCGGGGUUUAAAUGUCUCUAUCGUCCCAGCAGCGUCUUUUGACUUGAACUAAAAGUUGUUGUUCAUCCGGGGACAACAGCGUCUUUGCACACCAGUCUGUCCGUUUUUGUUGGUGUUUUCUGGGAGGACGUGUUUGGUAUUCCUGCACUGGAAGCGGCUCACCGAGUCGGGACUGACCGGCGGAGUUGGUCCUGAAAAUGGAGGCUGUUAUCGAGAAGGAAUGCAGCGCCCUGGGAGGACUGUUUCAGACUGUUAUCGGAGACAUGAAGAGCAGCUACCCUAUUUGGGAGGACUUUAUCACCAAGGCCGGCAAACUGCAGUCCCAGCUCAGGGCGACCGUGGUUGCUGUGGCGGCUUUCCUCGAUGCCUUUCAGAAAGUGGCCGACCUGGCUACCAACUCCCGAGGUGGGACCAAAGACAUUGGAUCAUCAUUGACAAGGAUGUGUAUGAGACAUCGCAGCAUAGAGGCUAAACUCAAACAGUUCUCCAUGGCUUUCCUGGAGGGUCUGAUCAAUCCUCUACAAGACCAGAUGGAGGAGUGGAAACGAGGAGUCAACACUUUGGACAAGGACCAUGCUAAAGAGUAUAAAAGAGCCCGGCAGGACAUUAAGAAGAAGUCCUCUGACACACUGAAACUUCAGAAGAAAGCCAAGAAAGCUGAUAAUCUGGGUCGUGGUGAUAUCCAGCCCCAGUUGGACAGUGCCAUGCAGGAUGUCAGUGAUAAAUACAUUCUGCUGGAAGAGACAGAGAAACAGGCCCUGAGGAAGGCUCUUAUAGAGGACAGGCAGAGGUUCUGCUGUUUCGUAGCCAUGCUGCGGCCUGUAGUGGAUGAGGAGAUUUCUAUGUUGGGAGAAGUCACCCAUCUUCAGGCUAUCUCUGAUGACCUCAAAGCUCUGACUUCUGACCCGCACAAGCUUCCCCCUGCUAGUGAACAGGUGAUCAUGGACCUCAAAGGCUCAGACUACGGGUGGUCAUAUCAAACACCGCCCUCAUCCCCCAGCACCACUAUGUCCCGGAAGUCUAGCAUGUGCAGUAGUCUGAACAGCGUUAACAGUAGUGACUCCAGGGGAUCCAGUGGCUCUCACUCUCAUUCUCCUUCCUCCUCUUCUUCCUCCUCUUCCUCACACCGCCUCUUCCACCACCAUCAACCCCGCAAUCGGUACCGUAGCUCCACGCUACCCCAGCAGGCCCCAGCCCGGCUCUCCAGCAUCUCCUCCCAUGACUCGGGCUUCAUUUCCUCAUCACACGACCAAUACACAACGUCCAAAUCAUCCUCGCCCAUGGCAGCUGAAACAAAGCCGUGUCCCAGUUCCAGUUCCUCUGAGGUAUCAGAGACUGGGCAGCUCCACAGUGACUGCAGCCCCCCCUCUCCUCUAGCUGCUGCUAGUGCACCUCAGCACGCUACUGACCAGUUGUCCAAUGGCUUUGACCACUACAGUCCUGCCAAUUCCCCUUAUAUGCAUAGCAACGGGGGCAGUUUGGGCUCAGGGUCAGGCACUGCCUUUCCCUUCUUCCCUCCUUCCUCCCCAUCCUACUCCACCACCACCUCCUCCUCGUGCCCCACUCGUUCAUGGUCACGUCCUGCCUCGGCCUUGCUGCCAGAACAACCUCCCAACUGCACGCUGGGCUCCCCCAUGGUGCCUUCAUCACGAGUUCCCAGCUGGAAGGACUGGGCUAAGCCAGGCCCCUAUGACCAGCCCAUGGUCAACACACUGAGGAGGAAGAAAGGCAAGGAGACCCCAGCUUUAGUGGACAGUAAUGGUAGUGCCAGUAAUGAUAGCAGCCGUUCCUCAGGCCCGGCCUUAAUGUCGGCCUCAGCACAAGCUCUGGCUGCACUACAAACACCGGCAUCAUUGGAGGAGAAGAACAGAACUGUGGCUGCACCUCUCAAGGCUGUUGACAUUGAGGCCCAUGAGGAAUUGGCUCUGGCCUUAUCCAGAGGUCUGGAGCUAGACACCCAGAGGUCCAGUAGGGACUCCAUCCAGUGUUCCAGCGGCUACAGCACGCAGACCAACACACCCUGCUGCUCUGAAGACACAAUACCUUCCCAAGUGUCAGACUAUGACUAUUUCUCAAUGGCCGGGGAUCAGGAGCCUGAGCAGCAGCAUUCUGACUUUGACAAGUCCUCCACCAUCCCCAGAAACAGUGACAUCAGUCAGUCCUACAGACUCAUGUUCCAGAGCAAACGGCCGGCCUCCACAGCCGGCCUGCCCAGCACACACACUCCGUACCAUGGACAGGGGGCCUACCAUGCAGGGCCCUACCCCCCCACACCUGUCCACACUGGGGCUUAUCCUUCAACCCCUACAGGAACAUCUUCAGGUCAGGGAUAUUUUUCUGGAUCCAGCUCCCAUAGUGCCUCUGGCUCGUAUUCUACCGGCCACGGUCCUGUUAUUGUCACCCCUGGGGUUGCCACCAUCCGCCGCACCCCCUCUUCAAAACCCUCCGCCCGCCGGUCAGGCUCAGUCGGGGGCACAGGCCCCAUUCCUAUCCGUACGCCUGUCAUCCCAGUAAAAAUCCCUACAGUACCCAAUAUGUCCGGAGCGGUUAAUGGGAGCAGGAGUGUAGAGGAGGCGGGAGGAGGAAGAGGAGAAGUAAACCUAGAUUCUCCAACAUUUGCAGGAAGGGAGGAUGCUGGCACGCUGCCUGUGAUGUCCUGGAGUGGUCAGGCUACAACCAAUCCUCCCACUGUACCCCUGCCCAACCAGCAGCACCUACACAGUGAGAUAAGGCAGGAAGGAGGAGGUGAGGAGGCGGGAGAAGAGUUAGAAGGUAACAUGCUGGUGGCCAUCCGUAAGGGGGUCAAGCUCAAGAGAACCCUCACCAACGACCGCUCCGCACCACGAAUCCCAUGAUGACACAACACAAGAACCGCGUGAGCUCAGGCUCCUGCCUCAUUGUGGAUGUAAAUGAGGUGAAAGGCUUUUGGAAAAAAAAAAUGUGCAGAAUCAAAAGGCUUCUUUUGCUAGUAUGAGAAAUGUGUUACACCUGUCCGACAUGUAACGUGUCUCAUUCUGUAAAUUUUCCCCUGUGAGAGUCUCUCACUGCAGAAGCCCUCUAUGAUUCAAUAUAGAAAAUACAUAGAUAUGCUAUUGUUCAGAUUCAUGUUUUCUGAAUGUGAUGCCUCAGAAAUAAUGUAAAGCCAAGUUUGUUAAAAUAUUGGUUUGGACCUAAAGUGGAACACAGGCCCACUUUUGGUAAGUCCUUGUUAGUCCUCGUUAGUCAAGUAAUUAUACAAGCACAAGGAUAGGACCUAAACAUUAGGUCCUCUAAUAAAGGACUUUGACCCAAGCACUAAAAUGUUUUUGCAAAUCCGAGCCAACAGUUGUCUGAUGACAGUGUAAAACUGUAUGAGGAUGAUCUUUGUUGAUGAAUGUCUAGAGAAGGACAGAGUAGCAUUACACUACAGUAUGUUCAUUUCGUUAAGAAGACAGUAAAGGCAUAUUUUACCCACAUGCAUCCAGUAUUCCUCCUGAAGCAGAGGGUUGGACAAGGACAAUAUGUCUGCUUCUUCUCAGUGUAAAAAAAACCACUGUGUAUAAUCUGUAUGAACUCUCAUUGGUUUGGGAGCAUUGUACCAUCGUGGGACAGAUAAUCAUUCUAACUGCCUCGUGACCUGGCAGAAGGAGCCAAAUAACCAAUGCAAGCACUUCCCAGCAUCAUAAGAGCGAUAUUCAGAUGACCUAGAAAGUAGAGGCUCCAGUGGUCGGCUUUGGAUUCAACCAUUUGACAUCUUCUGUAUUGCAUUGACUGAAUACUUGGAGGGACGCUCCCUGAUGGCUGUAGGAAGCUGCUGCGUUGUCGUCCACUCACUGUUCGAACAGUUAAUACUUGAGAUAUCCACAUAGCCAACAAGGAACAGAGGUAUGAGCAACACGGAGAGCUCCUCGAGAAGCAAAGGAACUUCCAAGUCAAAGUUGGGAGAGACUACAGUGUGACUAAGGCGUCACAUGGUUUGAUGCCUUGACAUAAAUAGACACUACGAGUUACGUCCUUGUUUUAGUUGUUUGAGUAUUUACAUGAUUUGUAAAUAGUUUUGCAUGUCUCUGUUGCUAAGGAGUGUGUUGGUGCUUCUUACUCUGUGUAUUUCCUUCUGCUCCUCCACAGUGUCACAAUCAAUAAGUUUCAAAUCUUUAAACAGGUUAGUUAUUGGUUCCAUAUAAUUUUCAUCAAACCUUGCUACCUUUGGGCAGGAAUUCAUUUUAUUUUGAGCAUUUAAGAAUCUAGUAUGAAUCUCAUUUAAUCUGCAAUAUCUACAUGCUGAGCUUUGUAGAACUCCUCAGUAGUUUGUGUUUAUAUAUUAGCCCUUAUAUAUUAGCCCCUUGUUUUUUGUAGCAGUUUUUAGCCAUAUUACUACCCACUGCCCAUUGAUUGCUCAUAACAUAACUAAUAAAUGUCAAAGUACAGAUGUGGCAUGUCAAAACUCAACAUUAAAUCAAAUUUGUAUAUAUUAUUACACAUUUUAUAGGACAUUUUUUUUUUUCAGGACAAAUAUUUUGGGAUGUUUUGAAAGUUAUGGGUAGAAAGCUAUAAUUGGUAAUGCCGUACCAGUUUUACUGCUCUGUCUAGUUGCUGUUAUAUCAAACUGUUUGUUGUCUGCUUUGAAACUCAUGCGGCGUGCAUGCUCAUGUCCUUUUGAUUCAUUAGGUUUUUACUUUUGCAUCUGUCAACUCCAAUUCUAGUGUUAUGAUUUUUUUUACAGUAGCAUCUAAGGUGGCAAGUACAUAUGUAUAGAUUUUGUUACACUAAAAACUAGGUGAUCACAUCAAAAUGCAUUGUGCAAUGUGAGAAAUCCAUCACUAUAGGUACAAUAAGAUGUUUGGGAGAUAUGAGGCCUGUCCUCCGACUGCAGCGUUGUAAGACUAUAGGCUGAAACCAGUUAGUAUCCCUGAGUCAUAGCCUGUAUUUUGAUUUGCAUUUCAGUUCAAGCACUGUGAACUCAUUGCUACUACAAGAUGUAUGAAACUGUAAAUGCCAUUUGAGCUUUACAGGUUAGUCCAAGAACUCACAUUAUUUAUUUUCUUCCGCUCAGUCUUUUUUUUUUUUUUCUCAACCUAUUUUUAUACGUAUAUAAAAUAUCAGAGUAAUGAGUUGUUUCCUUUAUCCGUGCAUGUACUAUCUGAUGAGGUAUUGUUCCAUCAAUGAAAAUGUCCAUGCGUCCUACUACGAUUCUUUGAAGUCCCAUAUUUCACACAUGCAUAAUUGCACUUCAUUUUGAAAAUGUCAUGAAUGCCGGCUGGUUUCAAAAUGAACAGUAGCUACAACAAAGAGUGUUCCUCUGACUUCCAGAAGUCAGAAACAUGUUUUAAAAUAGUUUUUGUUUUAUAAUGGUGACGCCUGCAUCAGUAUUAUGGGUUCACAUUUUUGGGACAAAUGUUAUUUGCAUGAUGGAGAGCUGAUUCCAGACCAGUUUGAGUUAAGUCAAGAAUGAAUAUGUUUCUGUUUAACACAUAUUUUGGAGCAACUGAGCUAAGAGCUCACUGAUAACAGCCCUGAUAUGAAGUUUGCUUGAACACACGGUGACAUGCAAAUGUUUAACUGUUCCCUAAAGAUGAUUUAAAUGUGUGUGUACCCCAGUUAUUUACAAUUGAUUUCAUGCACAAUGUUAUUGAACUGUUAAUCUGAUUGGCAUCAAAUAUAAUUAGGUUUAAACAAAUGACACACUGUCUACAAUGUCUGGACUAAUCUGACCUGGGGUUUCCAAAGUCAUUUUAGCAUAGAAAUCCAUUUUUUAUAUAGAUAUUUUAAACGGGUUUCCUUUAUAUUUAGUGUAAUACAAAGGUUCAAUAGGAUAAAUGGCAGCAAAAGAAGGGAUGAUGAGGGAUGUAAAAAAACAAACGUAUCAUCUCGGCGUGAAUUAAAACCAUAGUGUAUACAGGGGGAUGCACCACAAACGUCCUGCGAACAGAUUUCCACAGAGCAAAGAUGACAAUACUUCCUAGAUGUUACUGGAAACCCAGAAUUAAGUUUUUGAGCUUGUUGAUGAUGUUAAUAUUUUUCUUUGUUUUUUUGGCCGUCCACCUGUCUAAAACGUAUAUUAUCGACUUGUAAUUUCCAUAUUUAAAUUGCUAGCAUAAAUAUAUAUUAUAUCAGAGUUGCCAAAUGCCAGUAUAUCCUGUGAUUAAGACGUUUAUAGUUUGUGAGGGUUAGAAAGUACAAUAAUCCCUGUUUCUAGUUUAGUUUUUAGCUUAUUAUUCCCCCCGAGGAGAGUUGAGCUCUCUGUCUCUCCCUGUACAGUUCAACAGGCUAUAAUGCAGUUUGUUUCAGGAAGUAAAAGGUUGUUAUUUUUGUGUAAUGACAGCUUUAGCAAUAUAAUAAAAUAUAA